UCUCUCUGUGUCGCAGGAACGCGCGGCGCAUUUUUGAAUCAAGCGGUCAAGGUGACAGCGGUGGGCCGGCGGAGGACUGGAUUUGCAGAGGUGUGCGGAGCGUGCGGAUUCCACAGUGAUCCACUAGACUGACGUGUCUACACCGCAGCCCGGCUAUUCCACAGACCUCAGUGCAGCCGAGCAGUCGACAGUCUCUCCUGCAGAGACACGCAGAGGAGCAGAGGGGAAAUUAAAAUAUUUUAAAAAAACAAAAAAACAAGAAACUCCUUCAGCAACGACGAGCUCUGGUUUUUGCAGCAUGUUCCACCUUCGGCAAUCUCCGUUUAAACAAAUCCGCUCAGCGACUGUUUGACUUUUGCUGGUGUGUUGGCUUAAUUUUUUUAUUUUGCAGGGGAAAGAUUCGUAUUUUUCUUCCUUCGGCUGAUGUAAAAAACAUCCUGCCAUCUAUAUUGGAAUGAUGUGGACCUCUCAUGAUACUGUUGGAUUUGUUUUCUUAGCCGGUUUUUGCGUGCAAUUCGGAUUCUCCUUCGAAGGUCGCUUCACGGAUAUGCCCUCCAACAUGACGGUUAAAGAGGGACAAAACAUAGAAAUGGCGUGCGCGUUCCAGAGCGGAACCGCGUCUGUGUAUUUGGAGAUCCAGUGGUGGUUCGUGAAAACGCCAGAACCCAGUGACAGCGAGGAGGACGUCGAUGCUGACGAGAUGGAGAUGAUACCAGAACCUGAUCCUGAUGAUGACGGGACAAAAAUAAGUACAGUGAAGGUCCAGGGCAACGACAUCUCACACAAGCUGCAGAUCUCCAGAGUGAGCAAGGGUGACGAAGGGCUGUACGAGUGCCGGGUGACGCGAGCUAACUACGGGGAGAUUGUGGAGUACAAAGCCCAAGCCUGGCUGAAGGUCAACACCACGGCCAGACCACGGCGACCACUGUCGCCUCCCAAGAAGAGCUCGCCACUGCACCUGACGGACAAGAAGCCAAGAAAGUCCAGCUCACAGCAGGAUAGCAUGAGUUCAGACCAGAGGGUGUCCUCCACCUCCACCUCUCACACAUCCUCCAAUACAGCUAAACACAACCCCGGCUCAGGUACAAGAAUAUUAUCCAGCUGUGGACUGACUGUCCUCCUCCUGGCGUGCGGUUUGGUGAGGGAUGCCUUGUUAUAAUUUGAAGAACUGACAUGAUUUGCUCCCAGAUCUCGCUCUCUCUCUAUCCCUCUCCCUUUCUCUUUCUCUCUCUGUUUGCUCCCAAAGUGAACGAGAAAAAAUUGCCUGUUUUACUCCCCCCCCCCCCCCCCCACCAUGCGGACAGCACAGUUGAAUCCUCAUUUCCCAGCCACCACUGCUCUUGCACCCAGCACAUUGUUAUUAGCCAGUGUAAACACCAGUCACCUUUAAACCAGUUGGAUUACCUUUUUGUACAGACGUCGACCCGACACCAUCUGAGGUGCAGCGCUCUGGUUUCAAAACGGACUCUGUAUCAUACUGGAUACCUCUCAAUGGAAGAAUGACUCUGUUAUGGUUUCGAUGUUCCAGUUUAUGUGUUCAUUGCUCAAAAGUGAACAAGAAAAAAGGAGAAUAUAUAUCUGUGUAAUAUAUACGAUUCCGGAUAUAUAUCUGUUUUAUUUGUAACACCUAGAAUUACUGUAUGUGCUGUAUACGUAGCUGACACUCACCAUGAUAGGCCAUGGAACUCCGUUGUGAAAAGCCACUCCGGCCCUUUCAAAGAAACAAAAUAAAUUCAAAUACAUAUUAAUUCAGACUGUUAACAUCAACCAUCAGGUUAAAACAGGUUAAAUUCCUAUAUUUGUUUCUUUUUUCAGCUGUGUUGACCAUCCAGAUGAUCUAAUGUGCAUAAUUAAACAUCCUGUUGGUGACAGAUGUGCAUGCUUUGUGGUCGGAAGGCUUAAAAGAGGAGGAGCAUAUGUUAUUAGAACUACAGAAGUCAACGUUAAAGUAUUUUGAAUUCAUUUUCAUUUUAAUGUGCUACCUUUGAUGUGAAAACGUGUCAUUCUACUUUGUAUUGCAUCCUCAGUAGGAAUAAAAAGGAUGUCACGAUUUAUGAGUCAUUUAAAAUCCUGAUAUGUGACCAUUGGACGAUUCAUUUGAAUUGACCUGCACCAUUUUUAAAAGGCAUGCUUGCGGUUGCUGCGCACAUCCAUAUUAUGACAGAGGAUGGAUGCCUUUUUCCCCACUUUGGAUCAUAAGUAGAGCUAGUUUCUGUUUUAGCAAACACACAAACACACAAAUUCCCGCAUUUGCAGGCAGAUGUUUUAAGUGGCUGGAUGUUGACAUGAGAUGCAGUGCAACACACACACAACAGACCCAUGUUUGGGAGAAAUAAGUUAGUCCGAUGAUAUUAUUUCCUUUUCGACCUCACAGUAAUAUAUUUUUUAACUUUAUUUUCCAGAUGAGAUAUGAUAGAGAUUUUUAUCCACUCAGAGCAUUUAUAAGCAAAACGCUUUGACAAUCUGACUCAAACACAGGCAGAUGUGUUGUUUGGUUUCAUAGUGCAACAAGUCCUAUAUUCAGAUUCUUACCAUGGUACAGUGUAACAUCCAGGAUUGAACCUCUUUUGUUGUUAACUUUUGAGCUGAAAAAGAAAAUUGUACACCAUCCUUUAGAAAUGCAGACGAUUCAAACUGAAAUGUUUAUAAAUAAUAGAAUAGUGGAUUUAUGUCUCCAGAUUCAUGCUGUAAGUGAAUGUUAUCCACCAUGAGUGUAAGCUGCCAGAGUGCAGCAGUUGCCCCGCAAUGAGAUCAAUAUUUUAUUUUGGUCGAUGUUGUCCCCUAAGCACACACUAUUCUUUGCUCAGUUGAUGCCCGAAACCUCCAGCUGACGUUAAGGUGUUCAAACAUGAAGCAUGAUUAUCUAGUUCCUCAUGUGUUGUAUGGUAUAAUCUAACAUUCAUACAUAACAUACAGGUGUAAUUGCCAAUAAUUACUGUGCUGUGUGCUCUCCGAAAGCAAAAUACUCACCUCACUUUGUGCUUUUAUUCCGCUUUGCAGACAAAGCAAAAAUGUAUAGUUGUACUGUAAUUCCCAAAGAACUGUGGUGGGAAACUUGUUGAUUCAGCAUCGGGAGUUCAAAGGCUGACAGAGCGCGUCAUGCUUUGGGAUCAGACCACAGACGUCUCCCGAUCAGCAGCCUUCAGCCUCAGUACAAGACGUGUGAGCAAUAGCGGGCAACCCUGUCUAAUCCCCCCGAGCUCCAAAUAGCUUCAGGGUUUAUUUGGACAGUUAAUCUUGCAUUACUUUCAUAUAUAUGCCACUCUGCUGUGACUGGAAAUAGAUUGCUACAUUUUGAAAUGAGACAUGUUGUGUAAUAUGAUUCAGAAUGUUUAAGUUUGCAGGGAUGAAAAAAAUAAAAAGGUAGAGCUUAUUUUGAGGUACUGGGACGGGAUUUGGAUGCUGACUCUGUUGGAAAUGUGCCUGAGCACUUUGGAGAGAAUGUGCACAGUCUGAGUGGACAUGUUGACUUUGUCCAGCCCUCAUGUAAAAAGUAACAGAUCUGUACAACUUGUAAAUGAAUUAAUCAGCAUGUUAAGAUUUUUUUUUUUUUAAAGAAGUCAAUUUAAAAAGGCAGAGGCCAGUGAUGUUCUGUACUCGUAACAAUGGUGUCAUGUACUCAUAUUGAAGUGUUAACAAGUCCAAAGUGGGUCUUCAUCUCUUCAAAAUGAACUUGGGUAAAAUGUAUUUGAGAAAAAAAAAAAAUCUAUAUAUAUAAGAAAUAUCUCCUUUAUAAAGCUUUCAUCCUAAUCUAGAGGACUCCUUCUCUGUGGGUCUCCGCAACAUAUGGAAUAACAAUGAGUGAAAGAUUGGAGUGAUGAUUGAUUUGAUAUUGUGAUCAGAGAGAAGCAAAAUGAUGCUUUGUUUAAAAAAAAAAAGAAAAGAAGUUUGGGUAUCGAUGGAGGCAGAGGUGCUCACGGGCAACGAUGCCUCUGUUACCAAAGACGAGAACAGUUCACGACGAUGGCAAAAGCAGCAGCUCCUUCAUCCAGGGAUGUUAUUUCAGAAACAUCACACAACCAUUUUCUGUUCUGUUUUAUAUGCCGCGCUCCUCAUCCACUCUAGAUGUAUUUGUUUCUUCUAAUGUGUUUCAUUUCAAUGCGGUCCUGUCUGUUUGUUGAGCUGUCGAAAAUCCUGAUGAAUUAUAAUUCUUUUCUUCUUUGGUAUUGUGUGAGGCUUCUGUACUGGAACAUUGCAACAGUUUGUAUUAUAAUGACAAUAUCAGAAUAAUAUUUAAAUAAAUCAU